CGGACACGGCCCCACCGUCCGGUCGUUUCUGUUGGGCGGGAGGUGCCGGUUCACAGGUUUAGAACGACCCCCUAAGUCGAAGCGUGGGGCGCUGGCACCUGGCCGCCCGCGGAGCCGCUCGCGGCCGCGUCCCUCAGGCGCUGUUCGAGCGCAGGCUUCUGGCGCGCACCCGUGCCCCCGCCGUGCCCGCGCAAAGUGGCUGUGCGCGGGCAGGAGCUGGACGAGACUCGGACGAAGUUUGUAGCGUUCUGUUCGUGUGGGUCCGGUCCGUCCCCCAUUCCCCCCCCCCUUCAAGGGAUGAGAGACGUGCAGCACCUGCGCGCUCCCGUCUGCUGGCAGACAACACCCGUGGGACCACAGCCUGGCGGAGGGCGAGCGCGGAGCCGGGACAGCUCCUGGCCGCAGGCAGAGCCCGCGGCUAGGCCGCGGGGCUGUCGUGCUCUUGCCCGGCCUCUUCCGCGGCCACAGCGGGGGACUGGGUGCGAGAGGGCAGAGGGGAGUGUCGAGAGCGAGACAUAGGUCGCUGCUGCGGCGGAGGAGUGGGGGGCCGGGGGUGGUGGUGGGGGAGGGGGUCGCCGGGCCACUGCCUCGCUGACGGCGGGGCGGCCCUGCCUGCGGGGAGGGCUCCGCGGAGCCCCUGUGGUAGCCCCGGAGCGAGCACCGGCAGCCCGAACCUGUCGGUGUCAAAUGUAAAAGCACCAGUUCUGCGGUCCCGCGCUGCAGCAGGUUGGGAUGUUGGUCUCUAUCCUUUCCUGUCACAUGGCUGGUAAUAGGAUCCCUCAUCUGCCACUCGGCACCUCGCCGGGGCGCAGUUACAGGACACAUGCUGUAGGGCCGCCGCUUCCCGCACUUUACGCUCUUCCCGGCCGUCCGCGACCACCUCUGCCCCCCGGAGCGCUGGGGCUGCCGCCUGCGAGCGCCGUGCGGCCCGGCGGCCGCUGGCCAUGGAGCCCCCCGCCCUCGCCGCCGUCCUGGCCCUCUCAGGGCUGGCGCUGAGCUGCUGCCGCGAGCCCGUUCUCUCCGAGUGUUAUACAGCAAAUGGGGCUGACUAUCGUGGCACUCAGAACCAGACCUCCCAAUAUGCAGGGAAACCUUGUCUUUUUUGGAAUGAGACCUUUGAGCAUCCUUAUAAUACUUUGAAAUAUCCCAAUGGGGAGGGAGGGCUUGGAGAGCAUAACUACUGCAGGAACCCUGAUGGAGAUGUCAGCCCAUGGUGCUAUAUUGCAGAGCAUGAGGAUGGAAUAUAUUGGAAAUACUGUGAGAUUCCGUCCUGCCGAAUGCCAGGGAAUCUAGGGUGUUACAAGGACCACGGAGAGCCACCACCUUUGACUGGCACCAGCGAGACCUCCAAUAAACUUACUAUCCAAACGUGCAUCAGUUCCUGCCGAAGUCAACAAUUUAAGUUUGCAGGCAUGGAAUCAGGUUAUGCUUGUUUCUGUGGAAAUAAUCCUGACUACUGGAGAUACGGGGAGGCAGCCAGUACGGAAUGCAACAGUGUUUGCUUUGGAGACCAUACUCAGCCUUGUGGUGGAGAUGGCAGAGUCAUUCUUUUUGACACCCUUAUUGGUGCCUGUGGAGGGAAUUACACUUCUGCUACAGCUGUGAUCUAUUCCCCAGAUUUUCCCGACACAUAUGGCACAGGCAAAGUCUGUUACUGGACCAUACAAGUUCCAGGAGCAUCUCGAAUCUACUUCAGCUUUGCCCUUUUUGAAAUCAAAGAUGCUACAGAUAUGGUGGAAUUGCUGGAUGGCUAUACCUAUCAUGUUCUAGCUCGUUUUAAUGGCAAGAACCGGCCUCCCCACACCUUUAACAUCUCUUUGGAUUUUGUCAUUUUGUACUUUUUCUCAGAUGAAAUCAAUCAAGCCCAGGGAUUUGCUAUCAGAUAUAGAGCUGUGAAGGACAGUGUACAUCAAAACAAGAUUCCAAUGAAUCAGACGCUUUCAGAGAAGAUAACUGAACAAGCAAAUCUCAGCAUCAAUGCAGCCCGGUCAUCAAAGAUACUUUAUGUCAUCACAACCAGCCCAAGUCAUCCUAGUAGCUCCAUGCCUGAGUGGACAAUAUACAGUCUCACAGCACUGCUCAUCCUAAGUGUUACAGCCAUAAUAGCAAAGAUAUUUCUCCACAUGACCAUGAGAUCCCAUCAGAUACCAUCUGCAACUGAAACAGAAGAUUCCAGUGAGGUUACUACCGCUGGCGAGAUCUGGAGUAUAUUUUACCAGCCAUCCACAUCGAUAUCCAUCUUCAAGAAAAAGCUUCGAAGUCAACAAGAUGAUUGCAACCCACUAGUGGGAAACUGAAGUGUCUUUUAUUUUACAAGAAUCAGUCUUCUUAAAAUCCAGGUGACUUGGGAAUAAUCUUUUUUUUUUUUCUCCCAAUCUCAUAUAUGUUUUCCAAAAAGUUCAUUUCCAAAGGCCUUUGAGUGACUUUGCCUAUCUGCUGUUCUCUUGAGUACACUAUUGACAACAGAUUUAAUUGCAGCAAUAGUCUAGUGCUCAUCAAAUUUGUAGUGCUCUUAAUUACUGCCUUUAAACCAUUGCACUUGAAAUAUAUGUAAAAAACUGUAAAAUUCAAAAUGUCCUGUACCCCUGUCAAAAGUAAUUGAAUUGGUUGAGGACUUCUUGUGUCCUACCUUCCUGUACCACUGUAGUCUAUGAGAAUACUUUAGUCCCUUUAUUUUCAAGGGUGAAGACAGCAGUAGACACUGAUAACCUGUUCAGCUGCCACAGCAGCCAGAGCUUAUUGGCCUUAAGGUAAACAUGUCCAAAUGGUACUAUACAGUAAAAUGGGAGUCAAAGACUUUGAGAAACUAUCAGCCUGAUUGCCCAGUGCUCUGCUGUUUCUACAGAGACGUACAAAUAAAAAUCAAAGAGAAAUCUGGAGGCAAACACUGUAUGGAGUUUGAGCUGCAACUGUGAGUUUCGAUGGAGUAAUGCUCACCAGGUCAAGGUCUGCACCAGCAAUGAAGACUUUUAAAUGACUAUGACUGACCCAUCAUUCAACGAUGACUAUGAUAAUUUUGUUUGUAUUCACAGUGAUCCUUUAAAAAAAAUAUUGUACUCCAGUCUGAAGUCCUGCAUUCAUUCUGGAUGUAAGCUUAGGGCUUCUUAAAGGAUUGUCCAAAAAAAUUGUAAAUCCACUGAGACUGACUAACACAAAUUCUUACUCCGAAGUUAAAGAUAUUGAUCUCAGCAGCCUGAACUAUUUACAAAGUUGUAGCCUGCUAUCAACAUCUCACCUAUGCCAGGCUGUGCAUGUGAACACACACGUAACAGUUGCCUUGAUAUUUAUCUGUGAGAAGAAAAAGUGUCUCCUUGCCUGCAAAAUUAAAAUUGAACUGCAUUUUUAAGAUUAAUGCCCUUAAUUGUCAAAGAACUAAAACAUCAGUGGGGAUCUGACCUGUGAAAUAAUUUGUCUUUGAUUGCAACAGACAGCAUUAAUGAUUUUUCCUCUUUGGUAGAAUAUCUGUCGACCCACAAUGCUCAGACUUCUCACCCCACCGCUGGGGAUCAACAGUGAGUCUUUCAGCCUCAGCAAGGCUGAAAAUCAGCAAUACGUUUAGGAAAAACUGACAAUACAGGUCAGAUAAAUUGACUGGAGAAAUUUACUGAGUGAGCAGCUCCUCAAACUAAGUUAGAGGAAAUUCAGUGAGAGCCAUUAAAGUACAGUAAUUCUGGUUAAGACAAAAGGAAUAAAUAUAAUUUUAAACUUAUACCAGUGGUCUGUAUACACCAGACCUGCAGUCAGAGAACAACUAUUAAAUGCAUCUGCAAAAGAUAACCAAGAAAAGCAAGAAAAUUGUCACUGAGUUUAAACUCAUUAUAGUAUCUGCCCUUCUGUUUUGAACAUAGAACUCCCUCCCCUUCAUGAGGUCUAUAGAUUUCCUUGAAAAAAUAGGGCAUCUAAGAAUUAAAUGAUGAAAUACUGUGCCUUACUUGCCAUUGUAGAUCUGGUCUUUUACCUGAAUUGAAUUCAUUCCAGCUCCCUUUAUGUACCACAGAUGAGUGCCAGAGACAGUUGAACAAUACCACAAUAAAUGCUUAAUAGAAACAAGACAUUACUAAGCCAGCAAUUAUGGAAUUGUUUGUAUCAAAAAUGGACUAUCGUGGGAACAUCUAGUACUUUCGUGCAUGAGCUGCUGGAAAGCAUACAAGAAAAGAUAAUUACAGUAUCGCCUAAAAUCAAGAGAGGAUGAGUUGUAAAAUACACUGGUUAUCUCUUAUGUGUCAUCAGGUUGGACCAAAAAAACAUUGUUUCAGAUCCAACAAAAAUUUUUAAAUUGCCUUUUUAACAAUCAGGUUUUGCAUCAUGCUGUGUAGGGGAAGAGUCUACCUCACAGAUUGUAGCAAACCAAAUUAGUUUGCUUCCUAAGCAUGCUUAAUAUGGAUCACUAAUGGAAAACCAGGAGGAGAGAGUCAGAGUGUAGAACUAGAUCCUUAAGUUAUGAGCACAUUGUGAUGAAGCUUUGUUUGCUUGCCUUAUCGAAUGUUCUUGAGCAGUUAAACAUAUACAAAGGGACAUUCAUAAAGGAGUUAGCUAAUGCUUAUAAAAUGGAAAAAACAUCAGGAGCACCCCAUGACUGAUUUCUACCUACUGCAGAAGGAAAAAACACAGAGCUGUUAAACUUCUUUUCUUCAGUAAAGAAUUUAAUUUCACUAUAAAAUUAGAGAAAGCCCAUUACAAACAACAACAAAAAAACCCUGAUGCUACUAAUGCAAAAUCUAGGGAAUUUAGAAACUGAGAUUUUUUUUGCAUUGAUCCCUUAGGUCCUCAACUGUUUUUUAAAUGAUAAAAUCAUGAGCCUUUCUUGGGGAAUGUUUAUCCAAUUUCUGUAUGAAAGACCCAUAAAAACAGAAGUUAUAGCAGAUUAACUGGCCAUGGCAAUAAUGAAUGCGACUAAGCAUAAGGCAUUGGAAGGUGCACAGGUGAACACACUGAUAAAUGUGUAGAGAAAAUUGUUAUGUCCCCCCCAGUUUUUCAGAUUGUCUGUUUCUAGAUACCUCUAAUAUUAGGAAAGAGAGCAAUAGCUAGAAAUGCAUGGACAGGGUCCCUUAAAUAGCACUGCUUACUAUACAGGCCUGAGACCAUGAAGAGCAGGGAGAUCUCUGCUAUGGAUUUUUCUCAAAAUGUGGUAUGGUCACUUGCACUCCUAGUACAAACGCUUUGGUGUUAUGGUGGUAUGUGGCCAGCAUAUAUGGUAGCCAUUAACAUAGCACUUUAUGAUCUUUGCUAUAUGAGUUUGGGGAGAGAAAGAACAAAAGUAUGACAUGCACAACUGUUGUAAUCCCAUUAUGAUUCAGCAUAUAGAAAUGCCCCUGUGACUCUCACAGCUGAGUGCUGACAGCUGGAGGGCACAGACACCUCAGGAUGUUAGUGUUUACGGCAUUUUCUUCAACAAAUUGAAAAUAACUUCACAACAACUUUUCUUCAACAACUAGAAAAAAGAAAAA